UCGCCCCGCGGGCCGCCCCCCGCCACGCCGCGGCACCAUGAGCUUCGUGGCCUACGAGGAGCUGAUCAAGGAGGGUGACACGGCCAUCCUGUCCCUGGGCCACGGCGCCAUGGUGGCCGUGCGCGUGCAGCGGGGCGCGCAGACCCAGACCCGCCACGGCGUCCUGCGCCACUCGGUGGACCUCAUCGGCCGCCCGUUCGGCUCCAAGGUGACGUGCGGCCGCGGCGGCUGGGUGUACGUGCUGCACCCGACGCCCGAGCUCUGGACGCUGAACCUGCCGCACCGCACGCAGAUCCUCUACUCCACCGACAUCGCGCUGCUCACCAUGAUGCUCGAGCUGCGGCCCGGCGCCGUGGUGUGCGAGUCGGGCACCGGCAGUGGCUCCGUGUCGCACGCCAUCAUACGCACCAUUGCACCCACGGGCCACCUGCACACGGUGGAAUUCCAUGCACAGCGUGCAGAAAAGGCGCGGGAGGAGUUCCGGGAGCACCGUGUGAGCCGCUGGGUGACAGUGCGCAACCAGGACGUGUGCCGCAGCGGCUUCGGCGUUAGCCAUGUGGCCGAUGCCGUCUUCCUGGACAUCCCCUCGCCAUGGGAGGCCGUGGGCCAUGCCUGGGACGCCCUCAAGGUGGAAGGUGGCCGCAUUGGGUCCUUCUCGCCGUGCAUCGAGCAGGUGCAGCGCACCUGCCUGGCGCUGGCCGAACGCGGCUUCUCGGAGCUGAGCACGCUGGAGGUGCUCCCGCAGCUCUUCCACGUUCGCACCGUCAGCCUGCCCGCCCCCGACCUGGGCCGCCCCAGCCCUGACGCCGGCCCCUUCCGCAGCGGCACCCCCAUGAAGGAGGCUGUGGGCCACACCGGCUACCUGACCUUUGCCACCAAGACCCCAGGGUAGGGACCACUGCGUCCCGUUCAGCCCUUGCCCUCUGUCAUACCAGGCCCCCACUGGGGGUGAGUCCGUGGGUGUCCCAGGAGGGACGGAAAAAGGAUGCUUGAUGUGUCCCACCUGCGUCCCAGACCUGCCUGUGCACACCCCUCAGCCCCCAUCUCUGCCACCCAAAAGUGCCUUCUGUGGCCUGGCGUGGGGCUAGGUCCCUGCUUGGCCUCAGCGUGAAGCGGCCCCAUCCUCUGGGAGCUGCUGCUCAGCCUGGUGCUGUUGGGGGACACGUCCAGGACACCUCGCCGGGACAUGGCCUGUCACUGG